UCACGUUGUGUCAUGUUUGCAUGAAGAUAAUGUGUUAGAGACCUUAAAUCAAAUCUCUUCUGUCGUCUGACAUCAGGCCAUCAAACCAUCCGGUCAAAUAUGACUUAUGAUUUAUGAUUUGUUUAAUUCUAAUGUUUCAUAUUUAAGUCCGUUAUUUCACUUUUCUAAACAGUUCUUUAACAUCUGGAAACUUCCGGUGUCCAGUCACAGUCACAUGACUGACGAGUGACAAGUUUUUAACGUCAGGUUUUCCGGUGGAGUCACGACAGCGCGAGCAGCUUCAUUCUUCUACUUUAUUUAAUAAUGCGUGGUUUGAUCUGCGGACCCAAACUUGCCGCGUGCGGGAUGGUGUUGAGCACGUGGGGGGUCAUAAUGCUGGCCUUGCUGGGGAUUUUCUUUUCCACACAUUCAGCAGUGCUGAUUGAAGACGUACCUUUGACUGAUGAAGACUUCGACCCUAAAAACCCUCCUCAGGUGAUCUAUGAACUGUACAACAAGGUGGGCUACAACUGCUUCAUAGCAGCUGCUGUCUACGUCCUGUUUGGAUUCUUCUCCUGCUGCCAGAUGAGGCUCAACAAGAAGAAGGAGUACCUGGUGCACUAGUACCACCUGCUGGACUGAGGAGCUCCCAGCAGCACCCUGGAUCUGUUCUGAUGAGUGACUUCUAUUUCAGGGUUUCAAAUUCAUAAUCAGAGUCUGAAUACUGUGAGUGCAGAUCAUUGUUAUGCACCUUCAUGUAUGUAAUUCUACCUCUUAUCACAAGUGCUGAAAUGAUUUUGAUUGUGGUCAUAAAAACUAAAAA